AUGGUUAAGAUCGCUAUUAUCACUUAUUCUACUUACGGUCACAUUGACGCUAUUGCUAGAGAAAUCCAAAAGGGUAUCAAAUCCGCCGGUGGUAGUGCUGAUUUGUACAGAGUUGAAGAAACUUUAUCCGAUGAUGUUUUAGAAUUAUUACAUGCUUCUCCAAAACCAGAAGACAUUCCAGUCGCUUCUCCAGAAAUUUUAACCAAAUAUGAUGCUUUCUUAUUCGGUUUACCAACAAGAUUCGGUACUUUGCCAGCUCAAUGGUCUGCUUUCUGGGAUAAAACCGGUGGUAUGUGGGCUCAAGGUUCUUUACACGGUAAAAUUGCUGGUAUCUUUGUAAGUACUGCCGGUUUCGGUGGUGGUCAAGAAAGUACUGUCAGAAACUCUCUAUCUUACUUAGCUCAUCAUGGUAUUAUUUACGUUCCAUUAGGUUACAAGAAUGCUUUUGCCGAGUUAUCUAACUUAGAAGAAGUCCACGGUGGUUCUCCAUGGGGUGCUGGUACUCUAGCUGCUGCUGAUGGUUCAAGAACUGCUUCUGACUUAGAAUUAAGAAUUGCCAACAUUCAUGGUAAGACUUUCUAUGAAACUGCUAACAAGUUUUUCAAGAAUGAAAAGCCAGCUGGUGAAGCUAAGAGAAAUGUAUCAAAGAAGGCUGAAACUAAGACUCCAGCUAAGGCUGCUCCAAAGGCUGAAGCCAAGACUGAAGCUAAGUCAGAAAAGAACUCUUUGACUUCAUGUUGUGUAUUAAUGUAA